AUGUACGCAGCCGCCGAUGUUUCGUUAGUUGGAACUUUCGCAAAACUCGCAGACAGAACUGCUGUUCCAGGAGCUUUACCGCCCCGUUUGAACGAAGAUCCAUCUCUUUAUGGACAUCUGACAAGCGGCUUAGAUUUGACUAUCGGUUGUGAAGGAUACAGCGACACUCGCAGCCUGGAUUCCAGAUUUCACUCAAUUUUUGAUUAUUUGUGCAAAACUUCUCAAUUGAGCUCUUCUUUCAAGGAGGUUCUUGUUGUUUAUUGUUCUCACUUUCAAUGUUUGCGUUUAGACGAUCGAGAGUAUCCAUCACAACCAUUCGGCCAUAAAUUCGAACAAUAUCUCACUUUGAAUGAUCGCGGACUGCCACAUGACAAGUAUGAAAGGCUAACAAACGACGGAUGCUCGAAGGCAGUUUUCCGAACUACAUUUACAUCUGGCAACAAGGCGAUCAAAGUAUUUUAUGCAGCUGAAAUGGACGCAAUCGACGAAGAGAGAAACUUUGUGGAGUUGAAAACCACUUCUAUGUCUCACGAUAGAUGGGUGCAGAUCGCAAGUCUCAGCAACUAUCUCCAAUCGUUUUUCGGCAAAAUUCCAUAUAUUAUCUGUGGUCGGAAACCAUCCUUUGGAAAUAAUGUUAUUUAUCAGGUAGACAAAAUCCAAACUGCGGACAUCCCGAACUAUUCCGGUGUGCAUUGGAAAAAAGAAGUGUGCUUCCAGCAAAUUUUCAAUGUUCUGAAUGCAGUCAAAUCAAGACUUCAACAGGAUAACGAAGCGGUCGUCUUCAACUUGACGCAAGGAACCAUCUACCUCGAGACAGAACGCGCUGAAAACUGUACUUUCACUGAUCAAGCCUUUUUGAAUUAUCUCAACUAG